AUGGGUAUUCGUGCGGCCAUUGAACGUAAAAUCAAAGUGCUUAAAGUGUAUGGAAAUUCUGCAUUGGUGAUAUACCAACUCAAAGGAGAAUGGGAAACCAGAGAUCCUAAGUUGAUCAGUUAUAAAGAACUGGUUCUUGAAUUGAUUGAUGAGUUUGAUGACAUCACUUUCUAUUAUCUCCCACGAGAGGAAAACAAGAUGGCUGACGCACUGGCUACUCUAGCCUCAAUGAUUAAGGUGAACAAGUUAGAAAUCAUGAAGCCUAUUCAGAUGAGCAUAUACGAAGUUCUGGCUAAUUGCUACAGUAUUAAAGAAGAGGGAAAAGAUGAUCACCCUUGGUAUCCGAGUAUACUACAGUAUGUGAAGAAUCGAAAAUACCCUGAUCAAGCGACAGAAAACAACAAGAGAACGCUGAGAAGAAUAGCCAUUGAGUAUGUCUUAGAUGAGGAAGUGUUGUACAAAAAGGGAAAGAUCAAGUGUUGUUAA